AUGUGCAUCGAAGGUCUGGGCGCCGUGAACGAGUUCCCCCGCGACCAGCGCCGCCGUGGCCAUUCCCUCGCCUUCCUCCUCUACGCCACCUGCCCGCCGGCAGGGCCUCGUCCCUACCUCUGGCGCGCCAAGUUCAUCAUCAUCCUCCCCCUUGCUGUUGCUGCUCCUCAUAGGUCUUCCUGGUGCCCUCGUCUCUGCUCGCGGGAGGACGAGUGCGACCGCUACUUCGAUCUGCGAUGCGCGAGACCCCUUGGCCUUGCUGUGAUCUGGAUAUGUCGAUACCACCGUUGCCACGUUGAUUCCUCUGCCCCGGAGUACCUCAAGUUCGUCUACACGAGGCUGCCAAGUACAUCUACGCAUAGAUAUCGCCAAGUACCACGAUGA